GUGUCACCCGGCAGCCAGGUAGCUGCUCCUCCGCCGCAUCGCCAUGCCAGCAGUCAGCACUUUGGACUACCGCCGGCAAGACGUCCAGAUGGCCAUGAAGAGGAGAUAUGUGAAGCGCCUGGUGCGCAAGGUGGUGAUGUUCCUGGUGGUCAUCGUCAGCGUUUCCCUGGUCACCACCCUGAUUGUCGAGCGGCGGAUGCGGCAGACCCCGGAGGCCGCAGAAAAGCUGGACCAGAACGGCGAUCCCGUAACGCCCUUCUUCAGGGCUGCCAAUGUGCAUCCCACGCGGAAGGCUCCACGUCCUCCUUAUCAGGAUCGCAACUCCGUGGUGGUUUUGCCCAAGAGUGACAAAUUGGAGGGUUUCCGACUGCCGGAACCCAAGGGAGAGCGCAGGGAUUGGCAUGACUACGCGUACAUGGAGGCGGAUAAGAAACGUGUGGGUUUCGGUGAGCACGGAGUGGCCGUCCAGGUCGAGGAUCCCAAUGAAAAGCAGUUGGAAACCGAAAUGUACGAGAUGAACGGCUUCAAUGGCCUCUUGUCGGACCGAAUAUCCGUCAAUCGAUCCGUGCCGGAUAUCAGACACGAGGCUUGCAAGACUCGGAAGUAUCUGGCGAAGUUGCCCAACAUCAGUGUGGUGUUCAUCUUUUUCAACGAGCACUUCAACACCUUGUUGAGGUCCAUCUACAGUGUGAUCAAUCGCACUCCACCGGAACUACUAAAGCAAAUUGUCCUCGUGGACGAUGGCAGCGAGUGGGAAGUUCUGAAGCAUCCAUUGGACGAGUACGUGGAAAAGCACUUUCCGCACCUGGUAACCAUAGUGAGAAACCCGGAGAGAAAGGGUCUGAUUGGAGCCAGGAUAGCUGGAGCCAAAGUGGCCAUCGGAGAAGUAAUGGUCUUCUUCGAUUCGCACAUCGAAGUUAACUACAAUUGGCUACCUCCCCUGAUCGAGCCCAUAGCCAUUAAUCCCAAGAUCUCCACCUGCCCCAUUGUGGAUAGCAUAGCACAUGGUGAUUUCUCUUACUCCGGUGACCUAAAGGCAGGAGCUCGUGGGGGCUUCGACUGGAAAAUGCUGUACAAACAACUGCCUGUCUUACCCGAGGAUGCAGUGGACAAGUCCAUGCCCUAUCGGAGUCCCGUGAUGAUGGGCGGCUUGUUUGCCAUCAACACGGACUUCUUCUGGGAUCUGGGUGGCUACGACGACCAGUUGGACAUCUGGGGCGGGGAGCAGUACGAGCUGAGCUUUAAGAUCUGGAUGUGCGGUGGAAUGCUGCUGGAUGUUCCCUGCUCGAGGGUGGCCCACAUAUUCCGAGGACCCAUGAAACCCAGGGGAAAUCCCAGGGGAUUCAACUUCGUUGCCAAGAACCACAAACGCGUGGCCGAGGUUUGGAUGGACGAGUACAAGCAGUAUGUGUAUUCCCGCGAUCCUGCCACCUACGACAAUGUGGAUCCCGGGGAUCUUACCAGCCAGCGGGGCAUUCGAGAGCGUUUGAAGUGCAAGAGCUUCCACUGGUUCAUGACGGAGGUGGCACCCGAUUUCCUAGAGAAAUUCCCGCCCGUGGAACCUCCUUCCUAUGCCUCCGGGGUCAUUCAAAACAUGGCCAAUCCUGUUUAUUGCCUGGACAACAUGGGAUUGGGUACCGAGAAGGCGGUGGGCAUGUUCAGCUGUGCGGAAAACAAAACCAAUCCCCAGCCCAAUCAAUUCUGGGAGCUCUCCAUUCACCGCGACUUGCGGAUGAAGCACCAGGACGGAGUGUGCCUGGAUGUCCACGAGGCACCGCCCAACGCCACCGUCUGGAUGUGGAACUGCCACAGUCAGGGUGGCAAUCAGUUCUGGUCCUAUGACAGGGAAAGCCAGAUGCUGCACCACGGAGAGCACGGCAAUCGCUGUCUGGAGGGAUUCGUGGAGAACGGUGUUGCCAGGGUGGUGGCCAGUUUUUGCGAUACGAACAACCAUCGCCAGCGCUGGGAGUUCGGAUUCCUCAACCACACCAUGCUGGACACCUUCCACGUGGGCUUGAAGUAGUCAUCUGUUUAGUAAACACCACACCCUCCUAAGUAACCGCAGGCCACAUGUCGAUCUGCUAAGUUCGGGGACCUCACGCGUCACGGGCUUAGUUCAUUGAUCGUUGUGAAGGUUUCGACGAAAAGUUCGCCAAGUAAAUUCCAUUUUUCCAUUAAUUCUUGCCCCAUGCAUUAUUGAUAUAUGACAGCGGAAAGUGAAAGAUCUGGAUGAAAGAUCAGAUCGCAGUCGCAGCGAAGAUUCUGUCCGAUCGCAGGCCUCAACUUCUGCUCUUUAUUGGCUGUAUAUACACUAUGUUUAGGUAUUCCAGUUCCGAAGAGAUCGGUUGUAAAAAUAAAAUAAAGCUUUCAAAUUAUUGAAAAAAUAAUUGAAAAUAUGUAUAUGGCAUUAAUAUAAAUAUAUGACGUAUCAAUGAUAAAAGAAAAUAAAUAAUAAACUAA